ACAGUAGGUGACGAGUCUGAGCGUUAAACUUUACCGUCCGUUCCGCUUGCUUGACACAGACGGAGACAAACAGCCACGCUGUUUACUACAGCAUUCUGCUGCUUUCCCUAAAGAUAUCCCAAAGGGCUGACAUGCAAACGAUUUAGAGACACUAGUUCACACAGACAAGAUGGAGGACGUGGCCUCAGCUUCUGUUCUCGCAGGCCCGUCCCAGCCCACGUGUUCCCGCCCGCCGGGCUCCGUGCGCCGGAACCGUAAGUCCGGCACCGCCAACAUCUUCCAGGGCGUGAACCUGCGGCAGCUCCGGCAGCUCUUCCAGGCGGCAGGAGACCCGGACGCCGAGCAGAGGGCACGGAUGGUGUGGAGGAACCGAGGAGCGGCGGCUGGAGAGGACGGAGCGGACCGGGAGGAGGAGGACGAGGACAGAGCCAUGGCGGAGGUGGAGACGGGUCUGGCCCAGGCGCUCGUGGGGCUCAGAGUCCGAGCGCGGACCCGAAGCGGCCUCAGGGUGGAGGCUCAUAAAGACAGCACAGGAACACGAUGGAUGCGAGCGUUGGGUCAUCACAGAAUCAACGAGGGCUCACUGGCACAAACCUCUGAAGUCAUAACUGGAGAUGAAGACAAUAAUGUCAGUGAUCAUGAUGAUGCAUCUGCUUUGGGAGCCUGUGGAGGGCAGAGCUCUUCUGAGGCUGGAUCAUGUGACCAAGCUGACUUCCUGCCCCCAGAGGAAGAGCCUCAGGGGCCCUCGGGUGGCCCCAGGUGGAGCUGGAACACGGUUCAGGAGAAGGACCCGGAGCGAUACCUGCACCGGAUCCGACACUGACGCAGCGGAGCAGUGCAUCCAAUCAGAUUCCCGUCUGAGAGACUCGCAGACACCCUAGAUUUACUUGAAGCCACCUCCUCAAUCAAACACUAGUCUUAAUCAAGCAACAAUCAACACUACAGACAUUAACAAUAAUCCCACAGGAUUACAGUCCUGCGAACACACUGUUUACGGGUUUGUGCCAUUCUCACAUCCUCAAAAGUCAAACACUAUUAUAGGAUAGUUCACCCAGAAAUUUCCAUUCUGUGUCAUUUACUCAUGCGUUACAAACCUCAAAACACCUUCACUCUUGUGCGGAGCAGAAAAAGAUGCUUAUGCUGCUCUUUUCUGACAAAUAUGAGUGAACCGAGGCAUUCAAAAGAUUAACAAUGAGAUAAUGUUUCUCUUUCAUAAAUCAAAUGACAACAAAACACAUUGUCAUAAGUUGCAAUGCAAUAAGGAUACUUCUCUAUAUCGGUUAAGUAUUUAUACUAAAAAACAAAACUAAUUCCCAUUAAAUGCACUCCAAAAGUAUUUAUGAUACCAAAAAAGUCAAAUAAUAAUACAUUUAUUGACUUUUUGAUAAAAUAUUUAUACAUAAUGGUGCUAUCUGUUUGCUGUCUGUAUGUUGAUAAAAUCAUUGUAUUACAGUAUUUGUUUUACUAUUAUACAGUAAAAAUAUAGUAUUUCAGUAAUGAGAAUUUGAGAAUUAUGAAAUCUAAAAAUAUUGGGUAAAACUGUAAACAUUCUUCCUUUUGAUUUCAGGGUGAAAAAUGACUUGAUUUAGUUGGAUUCACCAAAGUAGAUGUAUUUCAGUGAAUUAAAAAUUGUAAUUAUUUCAUACUGAAAAACCAGAAAAUCAUACAGGUUUGGAACUACACGUGGGUGAGCAAAUGACUCGACUUUCGAUGUUUUGGGUAAUCUUUUCCUUUAAAUGCAGUGAUUUCAGUCUCAUUGAAGCUUCCAGAGCCCCUGUUCUAAGAAAUGUAUGGGCCGAAGAGUGCUGGGUUUGUAUUAUUUAAUGAUAUGUGCUUGUAUUUUAUUUUUGAAACACUAGUUUCUCAGUAGUUCUCCUUUUUUACGGGAGCAUUUUGCCUUCCAGUGGUGUUUAAAUGGUUAAUAACUAAAAAUAUAAAAGAAUGUAUUAGCAUUAGCUUUUUAUUGCAACACCGCAGUUCUCAUUAAUCCAUUAGUGUUGUUUUCAAUACAGAUAGUCUUUGGUAAAAUGUAAAUUAUAGUAUUAUGACCUGUAGAAGUAUGCUGGACACUAUUAGUGCUGAUUAUUUAAUGUCUUCUUCUGUCACUCAGACAGACAUUUAGAAGCAAUAUGGAAGAAAAUAUGUAGCUGAAUUCAGUAAACACUACAUGCACAAAAGUUAUUUUUAUCCUCGUGAUUAUGCUGGAACUUCCAAACAAACUGUUUUUGAAAUAAAACUCAAGUCUGUUUA